GAGAGCGCCCUCAGUUGACCAACGACUCUUUGCAGCGAUGGAUCGGUGGCAGAACCGUGUGGCAGUAGUGAGUGGGGCGAGCUCUGGGAUCGGGGCCGCCUGCGCCCGUCUUCUGGUCGCCGCUGGGCUCCAAGUAGUGGGCCUGGCAAGGCGCACCGAACGCCUCCAAAAGCUCAGGGAGUCCCUGCCGGAGGAACAGCGGAAAAGGUUCCACCAGCACGCCUGCGACGUAUCCGAGGAGGCGCAGGUGGACGCCGCCUUCGAGUGGAUCGAGCGGGAGCUGGGCGGCGUGGACGUGAUGGUGAACAACGCCGGCAUAGUCCUGGGCGGCCAGCUGAUCGACAUGCCCACGAAGGACAUCGCCAGCACCCUGCAGACGAAUCUCAUGGGCAGCAUAUACUGCACCAAGCUGGCGGCGAGCAGCAUGCGCCGCCGGCAGGUAGCCGGACAUCUCUUCUUCGUGAACAGCACAGCCGGAGUAGCCGGCUACAAGCCGGAUCCGGCGGACGAGAGCCUCAACGCCUACACGCCCAGCAAGUUCGGACUGACGGCCGUCCACGAGAUCUGCCGGCAGGAGCUGAUCCAGAAGGGCUCGAAGAUCAAGACUACGAGCAUCAAUCCCGGCUGGGUGGCCACCGAAAUAGUGCCCGACGAGACCAAGGCCAAGCUGGGCGAGGUCAUCCUCCAGGCAGACGAUGUGGCGCAGGCCGUAAUGUACGCCCUUGCCACACCCCCGCACGCCCAGGUGGAGCAGAUAACACUCCGGGCAGUGGGAGAGUACUUCUGAUUCUGAUUCCGAUUGUGAUUGUGAUUACGAUUCGACUUUGGGCGAUAAGAGGAGGCUUCCGGAUGAUUAGGUGGCUGGAAGAUUGUGGGCCGAUUCAUCGACACCGAAUGCCAAUCUCUUCAAGGGGAACGACCUGAGCAAACACUCCCACAACCACAACACACACUACACUCUACUCGGAGGAAUCCAAACCCACAUGGUUGACCACAAAAUUGUUUGCACAGUUUUAUUGUAGCCUGUUGGGUUAUUUGUUUGAAGGACCAGUUGUGUCGCCGGUUCUAAAUAAAUAAUUCAGUUUUGUAAUUCGA